ACACCAGUUAUCUCGUUAGUAUCUGUUUCCCGGAUGAUAAGAGUAUGUUUAUGGAAACACUGUGAUGAGGGACGUUAUUACACUGACUGGUACAAGUCCAUGUAAUUUCAAUAACUUAAGUAUUAUCAUGAUUGUGUUCAAGAGUGUUUUUGGUGCUUUAACUGAUACGGAAACUAUCUUCAGCUUGUCUCUAUAAACAAGGAAAUCCGCUAUCUGGUGUUGGCAAUGCAUAUAAAGUUGAUGCAGCAAAAGUAUAACCAGCCUACUUUACAUAUAUCAUGAUGAGACUGGUGUAAUACCAUAUAAGUCCCCUAGGCAAACUUAAACUUUCAUCUAUAGAAAUACACUUAAAGAGUACACUAAAUUUAUAUGGAAUAUAUUAAGCAUCAGCCCAAAGGCACCCGAAGUAUCAAAACUGCCAAACGCUGUCUCAGUCAAGAACAAACUGAAGGCUUGAACCGUGGAUCAAGUUAACAUGAUGCAGUCUGGGAGAGUUAAACAGCACACCUAGAUUAAUGAAUCCAGAUAACUGAAGUCAACUAUGAUGGACUCCACGGAGAGUAAACGAAUGUCACUGCUCCUGUCCACAUACCUGGAGAGAGUUUAUACUGGGACAAAGGAGAUAAUUAACAUCAAGAAGACGGCAAUUGCCUUAGAAGAAUAUUUGUCCAUUUUUGAUGAUCAUGAUGUGAUUGUUACUGGCAGUUUUGGCGAAGGAUGCGCUCUACUUGGAUCAGACUCAGACCAAAUGGUUGUAAACAAGACUGUUGCAGUACUGUAUCCUGAUCAGUGUGUUCCUCAACAUGAGACACAUAAAUGCAUUCUGUACAUUCGACCGGCAGACUGCCGCCCCGGCUAUGUUCACUUAGAGUCAGGUCCGAUAAAAGGCCCAUUGAUAUUAAACAAACCCCUAUUCAAUUCUUUAGUUCAAAUAGGAAAAUCGUUCUUUAUUUCCAGUGAUAUCUUCAGAGAGGAAUUUUCCACUUACUUAGCUACCAUCACUGGUCAAAAACCUGAAUCUAAUGGACCAAGUGUUACAAUUAGAGGUGAAACUGAUACAGUUCAUUGUUUUGCUUGUAACAGUUGGCCAAAGGAAGCAAAUGAAUGGAUCACACGUAUACGUCUGUAUGGAUGGCCACAUCAAACAUUAAUAGACAAGAUUGUAAAGAGUGGAUUCCAUCUUGUCCCAGUUGGAGAUAAAUGUUCGGAAGAUACAUCAUUACAAUGGAGAAUCUCAUUUGCAGUAGCAGAAAGAUCUUUAGUUCAUUCCUUCAGUCACAUCCAAGUCAAAGUAUACACUCUGAUGAAAUAUUUCUUAAGGCAAAUAAAAAAGACAUUGAAAGAAAAAAUUGAGGAUGACGACAUAUUGUGCUCUUACUUUCUAAAAACAAUCAUGUUUCAUGCAAUAGAGAAUUCCAGUCAAAUAUUCUGGCAGGACAAAAACAUUUUCUAUUGUUUUUGGUUUUGCUUCAAUAUUUUGAUUGCAUGCGUCAGAGCAGGAUAUUGUCCAAAUUACUUCUUUCCAACCAACAACAUGUUCCAGAGGAAAGUUCAUGGUCAGCAUCAACAGAUACUGCUUGGCAUUUUGGACAAGCUGCUGUCAAUUGAAAUGGAUGUGUCUUUCAGUAGGAAACUUCUAUACACCUUCAAUUUGGGAGGAUCUUUCUAACACCUCUAAACAGGCUGAGCUUGUACGCCCAUUGACUUUACAAGAAAAUAUUAUGGAGGAAGAUAUAAUGAUGCUCAGUCAAUUACCAAAAGGUACCACAUUCACCAGCACUAGGGCAUUAUACUUAUUAUCUACAUCAAAGACAGAUUUUGAACAAGUUUACACAUAUUUCAGUGUUAUGGACAGCCUCAGAUAUCGUGCAUCACAAAUAUUCUCCAAAGAACUAUGUGAAAACGGGGCUUCUGCAGGUAACAAAGCCAAGUACCAGAGCCUAAGGAAAUGCAAGUACUGGAUGACCCCCAAGGCUUUAAUGGGCACAGACAUGUUGUAUUUGGCAACUUUUUAUUUUCUGACUGGAAACUUUAAUAGAUGCCUAAUGAUGAGCAGAAGAAUAUUGAAAUUGGCAUCAUACUUCAAUUAUAAGUAUGAACUUCACUCUGAACUACGCACAUUGUACAAACAUCACUACUAUCGAUCUCACGGCUGUACAUUAGAGAGACUCCAGAAAAUGUACACAACCUAUGCCAUAUUUCAUCCUGGUGACAUGCAUCUUCCUCAUCUCAGUUUGGAGUUGUCCAGGGUUACACGUCCAAGUUCCAUGGAUAUCCCGCCUCUACCAUAUCUCCUGUUCCUGAACUUCAUGUGUUGCCAUGAGCUUGGAGACACUAGUGGGCGUGAUGAAGCAUUACAUCACCUCAUACAGAUUCAGGAUGAUGAGGAACAGGGAGGAGACAGAAAUUGGAUAGUUUACACGCUUUGUGGGAUCUGCUAUCAAACACUCAAUGACUAUGAGGCGGCCAUCGGGGCUUACUGGAUGUCAGCACAGUCAGAGGUUAAAGGUCAGGUGAGGAACCCUGCCAUUGAAAGAAUAGUCAUAGUGUAUCUGUGUAUGUACGUCUCGAAAGGUCUGACAGAGGAUAGCUGUGGUGUAUCAAUGUGUAAAUGUCUCACAGAUUUCUGACAGAGGAUAGCUGUGGUGUAUCUAUGUUUGUCUCACAGAAGUCUGACAGAGGAUAGCUGUGGUGUGUCUAUAUGUGAGUUCUGACAGAGGUCUGACAAGGAUAGCUGUGGUGUAUCUAUCUGUGUCUCACAGAGGUCUGACAGAGGAUAGCUGUGGUGUAUAUAUCUGUGUCUCACAGAGGUCUGACAAAGGAUAGCUUUGGUCUUUCUAUGUAAAAAAAUGAAUGCAUCAUUUCAUUUCAACAUAUUGUAUUGUAUUACAUUUAUACAAAUGGGUUAGACAGCAGGCUAGGCCUUUAUAAGUCUUCCCCAAUAUAAACAGAACAAUAGUAGAAUUAAACUAAAACAAUUGAUAGUGAAGAAGUAUAAGAAAUAUGUGUAUAAAUUAAGUCAAUGGUGAUGAAAUAUCUUUUAUGAAUAUAUUAAUUUGCUAUGGUCAAAGGGAGGUAAUAAGAACUAACAGUUAGUGAAAAGGGGAUGUAAUAAGUAUAUAUGUAUGUAUAUAGCUGUGGUGUGUUUAUGUAUGUCUCACAAAGGUCUGAAAGAGGAGAGCUGUGGUGUAUCUAUGUAUGUCUCACAGAGGUCUGACAGAGGAUAGCUGUGGUGUAUCUUUGUAUGUCUCACAGAGGUCUGA